GCCCCUUCCUUCUGGGCGCACUGACCAGGAAACAUGGCGGCGCCCUUGGCUAGAAGGUCUGUGUGGCCGGUGACAGGGAGGACUCUCAGUACAGCGGCUGCUCUGUGCCGCCGAGCCGCUCCUUUGGGCCCCCUUCCCAAUGACCAGUUUAGGGAUAAGGAUUUGGAGUCACUGAAGAAGUAUCGCAGCUUCAUAAAGUAUUACCGACAAGCUGACCGAGAGAGCAAGAAAACAAACUGGUGGAGGACGUACAGGCAGUUCCUGUACCCGAGCAAAGGUGAAGGCGUGCAGAAGGUUGACAUUGGCUUCCCAUGGGUGUCCUCUUCUGUGACAGAAAGACUAAAGGCCCAGAAGGAAGUGCUGAAAGGAAAUCACAAAAACCCAGAGCUCGAAAAAGCCUCACGUCAGCGCUCAUUGCUUAUUCCCUUGGAUGAAGUUCGGGCAGAGUGGGAAAGGACAAGUGGCCCCAGUCACAUACAGAGAGUGGCAGAGCAUUAUGGAGUGUACCAGGAUCUUUUUGGAGAAGCCACAUUUGUUCCUAGGGUCACAUUAAGAGUCCAGUACAACACAGAAGAGGAUGCAGUGAUGCCUGUUUACUACGGCAAUGUAGUUACUCCGAAAGAGGCUGCAGCCACUCCAGAGGUUUCAUUCAAGGCAGAGGAAGGUUCCCUGUGGACCCUAUUACUAACCAAUCCAGAUGGCCACUUGAGGGAGACAGACUCGGAAUAUGUGCACUGGCUGGUAGGUAACAUUCCUGGUAACGCAGUAUUUUCUGGAGAAGAGCUGUGUCACUACUUCCCCGCAUUUCCUGCUAAAGGCACAGGAUCCCACAGAUACAUAUUCAUCCUGUUCAAGCAAGAACAACGCAUUGAUUUCAAGGAUGAGUUGCGUCCAAACCCUUGUCACAGCCUGAAGUUAAGAACAUUCAAGACUUUGGAUUUCUACAGAAAGUACGAGGACAAGAUGACCCCAGCAGGCCUGGCCUUCUUCCAGUGUGCAUGGGACGACAGCGUGACCAAUGUGUUCCACAAUAUACUCCAUAUGAAGGAACCCAUCUUUGAUCACCAGUUCCCCCCAGUUUAUCAUACACCACAAGUGAAAUUUCCUCAUCUUCAGCCUCUAAGAUAUUUGGACCGAUAUCGGGACUCUGAUGAGCCGACAUAUGGAAUUUACUAAUACAGGGAGACAGAUCAGAGCUUGUGAUUACCUGACUGAUGGACUUUCUGCUCGUGCUCAGGUCACACAGUGCCGCCAUCUAUAUGGAACUUCCUGCAAAUCACUGUAAAUGUCUGUACACGGGCACGUGCUAAUGACACACAGUUGAACAAGGGAACCAUCUUUUACAGGCAUACGUCUGCUGCCCCGGGAAGAAAAUGGUUACAUCAGAAGUUUUUGUAUUAAAAAAGUUGAUAACAAUUUCUGUUCCUUGGUUAUAAACUCCAGUUGUGGAUAGGUCACUAGUUAUAUGCCAUUUUCUCCUGUUUUAAAACAGCAUGUGUUUCCUAAGGAGAAGAAAGUCACGUUUGGUGAAGUUAAGAUUUUCUGACCAUAUAAGUGCAGAAUCUGAUGUAA